AUGCCCACCGGUGGGGGGAAGAGCAUGUUGUUCAUGGUGCCCGCAUUCGCCGGCCCCGGGGGCACCACCAUCGUCGUGGUCCCGUUGGUUGCAUUACGGGCCGAUAUGGCUAGGCGAUGCCAGGAGCUGGGCAUAUCAUGCGUGCCAUGGGAGAGUCGGCGGCCCCCCGAUGCCGCAUCCAUUGUGUUGGUGACCCCCGAAUCCGCGGUGAGCCCCGAUUUCCAGACGUAUUUGAACCGGCUGCGGUGGACCCGGCGGUUUGACCGGAUCUUGAUCGAUGAAUGUCAUGUGGUGUUGAAUCCACAGCGUGAUUUCCGGCCCCAGAUGGCCCAGCUGGGCGGGUUGGUCCUGGCCCGCACCCAGAUGCUUUGCGGCAGCUGGAAUCUACCCACUUGA